GAACUACAAACAAAGAUGUAAAAGUCUGUCUUUUAAAACAGCAACAAAAUAAUCCAAAAUCCUGCCAGUUGGAGAACCUUUCCCACCCCACAACCCUAGGUACAAGAGAAUGCGUUGCCAUUGGGCAGCACCUUGCGUUACAUACAGUCUGCAUCCUGCCUCCCCAUCACUGUAGCAAGCGAUGACAGUCACUGACGGUGUGGCUACAAGUGCCACAGAGUGAAGUUUCAGGAAGGUCGUUCAGUGCUGUGCCUAAACUCUCAUCUGAGAGAACAGUAGCAGCAGCAAUAGCGCAGCAGCGGUAUUUGUUACAUCAUGGCGGAGCCAAGUGAGUCACCGCUCCAUGGCCAGCAGCCCCAACAAUCUCCACAGCAACCCGCUGGUUGGCCGAUCAACCGGGAAGCCUACGAGCUCCAGGAAGUCAUCGGUAGUGGGGCAACUGCAGUUGUGCAAGCCGCUUUAUGCAAACCUAGGCAAGAGAGAGUGGCCAUAAAAAGAAUAAAUUUGGAAAAAUGUCAGACCAGUAUGGAUGAACUGCUAAAAGAAAUUCAAGCUAUGAGCCAAUGCAGUCACCCAAAUAUUGUGACAUACUACACAUCAUUUGUUGUCAAGGAUGAAUUGUGGUUAGUAAUGAAGCUUUUAAGUGGAGGUUCCAUGCUAGAUAUAAUAAAAUAUGUAAUCAACAGAGGAGAACAUAAAAAUGGUGUACUUGAAGAAGCAAUAAUAGCAACUAUUCUUAAAGAAGUAUUGGAAGGCUUAGAUUACCUGCAUAGGAAUGGACAAAUACACAGAGAUCUGAAAGCUGGGAACAUACUUUUGGGAGAAGAUGGAUCAGUGCAAAUAGCAGAUUUUGGAGUCAGUGCUUUUCUUGCAACAGGAGGGGAUGUCACAAGGAACAAAGUCAGAAAAACAUUUGUUGGAACUCCAUGUUGGAUGGCUCCAGAAGUUAUGGAACAGGUGAGAGGUUAUGACUUCAAAGCUGAUAUCUGGAGUUUUGGGAUAACAGCCAUUGAACUAGCAAGUGGAUCCGCCCCAUAUCACAAAUAUCCUCCAAUGAAGGUGCUAAUGUUGACCCUACAGAAUGACCCACCUACAUUAGAAACUGGAGUAGAAGACAAAGAAAUGGUAAAAAAGUAUGGAAAAUCCUUUAGAAAAUUAAUAUCGAUGUGCCUGCAGAAAGAUCCUGUUAAAAGGCCUACAGCAGCUGAACUUUUAAAAAGCAAAUUCUUCCAGAAAGCCAAGACCCGAGAGUAUUUGAUAGAGAAACUUCUUACUAAAACACCAGAUAUAGGUCAGAGAGCAAAAAAGGCUGAGCAGAACCCUGGGAAAACAAGCAUGGUGUCGGGUUCUGAAAAAGAACAAGAUGGCAACCGAAGGGUGAGAAGGGUACCUGGUUCCAGUGGCCAUCUCCACAAAACGGAGGAUGGAGAUUGGGAAUGGAGUGAUGAUGAAAUGGAUGAGAAGAGUGAAGAAGGGCAGGCAGCAGUAUCACAAGAACGGUCACGAAGACUAUCAGAAGAAGAAGAAGAAGCAGGAAGUGGAGAGAGUCUUGUGAAUGCUAACAGCAUCCCGGCACAAGUCCAAGGGCUUUCUAUCCAGGAAAAUCAGACAAAACUUACACAGCAGCCCAAGCCUCCAGUAAAUCAGUCUCCAGUGAAUCUUGUUCUGCGGUUAAGGAACUCAAGAAAAGAGCUAAAUGAUAUACGUUUUGAAUUUACUCCUGGAAGAGAUACUGCUGAUGGAGUUUCUCAGGAACUGUUCUCUGCUGGCCUUGUUGAUGGACAUGAUGUAGUUAUAGUGGCUGCUAACUUGCAGAAAAUAGUCGACGAUCCAAAGACAUUUAAGUCAUUAACCUUUAAAUUGGCUUCAGGCUGUGAUGGAACAGAAAUUCCUGAUGAGGGGAAACUGAUUGGGUUCGCUCAACUGAGUGUUAGCUGAUGUCUCUAGCAUGAACUGACUGCAGCGCACAGGGUACUUAGAACAUGGAUGACAGAGAAGGGAAGAGCACCAUGCAUACAAAGUCCUGUUUCAUUCUCCAGCAACUCACAGUACAAGACCUAGCUAGCACUGCCCAUUGCUGAUAUGGAAGACAACUAUUUUCUUUGAGAAGAUGCUCCUUUUGCAGAAUGAAUAGUAGAAAAAAAAAUAUUGCUUAUGUAAGCGAGUGGUUCCAUUCAUGGAUGUAAAAGACAAGGAACUUUCUGUUACAGAUAAGAUUUUGUUUUCUGAGCAACUGUUUUAUGAUAUGCUUCUUGAAAUAAUUUAUUAAGGAAGUUGUCUUGCUUAAAAUUUUAUUUUUUUUUUCAAUUAAAAGUGUGCUGUUAUUCAUACUGAAAUUACUUUUUGCUUCAAUUAUGAAUUUAAAAUCACUUUUGUAUGCACACGACCAUCAUUGUUUUAAAAGUGAUUUAUGAAAAUGACAUAGUUAAUAUAAUAUUCUAAUAUGAAUAGAACAAUUUGCAAUUAUUUAUAUAGUAACUGUGUGCUCUGGUACUGCCAUGAAUGAUUUGUGGAAACUGAAUGAGAUUUCAGACAAAACUGCAAGCAAGAAAAUCUGUAGUACAUUAUAUUGUUUACUUUGUUGGGUGUGGAAGGUGCCUUGUAAUGAUAAUGUUUUAAUAAAUGUGCCUAAGUUGCCUGCCUGGAAAACAUGCAAAUAAACAACUGCAAAAUAUAUUACAAAGGGGGAGAAAAUGUACAAAAAUAUUGCAGGUUUAGGUCACCUACUGUUUUCUGAAAUAUCUCAAGACAUUCUUAAUUUAAAGAAGCUCUCACCAUAUUCUGUUCUCACUUAGUCUUAAAGGUUGCCAUCUUAUAAAGUAUUGAAGAAAAUAUGGUCUUUAUUAUAAAAUAUAAAUAUCAAAAAGUAUACUUAAAAGGUGUGGGCUUUGUGCAAUGAUGAAAAAUGACUCUUUUAACUUAAGAUAUGCGAAGACACCCUGAAAGCCUUUGUAUGUUGCUGAUGUCUGUUGUUGUAUGAUCUAUAAUAUAAAAUGCAAAGCUAAUAUAUUUUAAAAUUUAGUUACACUUUUUAGGCUUGUCUCUCACAAAAAAAAAUUAAUUUCUGUGUCUAACCCAAUGCUAUUAUAUGAUCAGUUUGCACUGAAUGAAAAAAAUAUCAACACAAACAUGGCAGUUCCAAUGUACAUUUGAAACAGAAAUACAGCUACUUAUGAAAGUGUGUGUGUGUGUGUGUGUGUGUGUGUGUGUGUGUAUAUAUAUAUAUAUAUAUAUAUAUAUAUAUAUAUAUAUAUAUAUAAAAAUCAAGAAAGUGGCACAAAAAUCAACAACUGUUCCUUUGUCAUUACAUCGUAUUUUACAAUUUGGUAUGCUGUUCUUCCCACUAUGUACAAAACCAAUGAUCACAAGAAAGAAAAUAAAUAUAUAUGCACAUA